GUGACGUAUCUAAACUAAUUUACACAACAAUGGCGUCUGUCAAAACAAAAUUAUUGUUAACCGCUAUAGACAAACAUCUGGAUAUCUGAAUUAUUUCAAACAUGAUAAGCAGCAAUAACGACUGUGAUUAAAAAUAUAACGAAGAAAGCAACAUUGAAUUUAAACUUCACCAAUGACAUCUGUACAGGAAAGAAAAUAUCUACGUCUUAUAAAGUUAUCGUAUGACUUAUCGCUUAAUGUUACUCGAGCAUUUAUAAAAUCGAGUAUUCUUUGUAAUUAUGACAAUUAUUUGUCUAAUUUCCUAACAACAAAUAAGCAUACAAUAUAUCAUUUAUGGAUACAUUCUACUAGGUGUUGUGAAUGCAACGCUUUACCACAGAGAUCUAAUAGGGAGCUAAAUCAAGAACAAAUCAGUAAAUGCUAUAAUUUGAAUGGACCAACAACGUCUGGCCACUUUUUACGUGGUCAGAGUAAUAUAAAACAACACUGCAUUUGUAAGGUAACACCCAAGUCACAUUGUUCGCUGAAGGACCUUGAUUUUACUCUUCUUCAUACUAUGUUUAGACAUUCUGUUACACUUUCGACAAGUGUUCAAAACUGGCUUACGGUCAUAAAAAAAAUACGAAAUAAGCUGGCACAUGUGCACAGUACGAGCAAUUUCGACACUGGAAGAUUAGAAAAAUGGUGGACAAAAUUAGAAGGGUCUGUGAUAGGUUUAGCAGGAGAAAUACCACUUGAGUACUAUCUGGAUGCAAUCCAAGGACAAAUAAGCCUUCUGAAGAAUGCCGAUUUUGAUAUUAUGGAGAAAAAUGAAAUUUUAGACUUGAUAAAGCAUGUUAAGUCAGAUAUGGCAACGAUUGAGACAAAAAUAGACGACAUUCUACGAGGUCAAACUGAACUUGUAGAUCAAAUGGCAGAAAUUGUUGAUGAGGCAAAGCGCGACAUUGUGUGUAAACAGAGGACAGAGUCAGUUUUGUUACAAGACAAAAUCUUGGAUGUAUACGUAAGUUCUUGUGCAGACACAAAACUUCAAAUUAGUUCGUUAGAAGGACUACAAAGAUCACAAAUUGAGAAAAUUAAACAAUUUCAAGAGGAAACCUCGGAAAAUCUUAAGAAAGCAAUGCUUGACGCAGUGGACAAAAGAAUAGUAUGUUACAUGUAA